AUGGCAGAUUUAUUACCUAAUUUUUUGGCAGCAUAUUAUCAAGUUGCUUCGUUCUUGUGCUUCAUAAUAUUGAUAUCAACAAUAUAUCAAAUAAAACAAAUAAGUGCAUUUCUAUCAAGGAGUAAAUGGCCAGAAAUACCAGACUUGCCACACCAAAGAGAGAAGUUUGGUAGACUGGAAGAUGUCUCAAAUGAACAAACUCGUAACUCUGGAACUUUUAUAGUACCUGAUACCUCAGCUAAACACUUUACACCGACCGUUUGGAUACAUAAAGCUUCAAAUUAUGUUAUUGAUGUAAAUUUAAUUGCUGUCAUAGAUAUAUAUGAUAGAAGUGCCUAUAUAGCGUUGGCUAAUGCUGCAUUCAUAUUUCCAUUAGCAACUCGUAAUUCAAUAUUCUUGACAUUAUUUGGUUUUCCAUUCGAACGCCUUAUAAGGUUUCAUCGUUGGGUUGGCAGAACGAUCUUUAUAUUGAUCACUUUUCAUGCCUCAUACCAAUUUCAAACAAGCUACACUGUAACAAAUUCUUUCAAUGCUACACUUAUGGAUGACAAAACAUAUUUAUGGGGGUUCUUAGCUUACCUAUCACUUUUCAUAAUAACGAUAACUUCUCACUCUGUAUUUCGAUUUAAAGCAAAGAACAUAGUAUCAAUUGAGGCAAUACAAUCAGGUGUAACAAAAGUGGUAUUCGAAUAUAAUAGUUAUUAUUCAGCCGGCCAAUACAUGUUUAUCAAUAUUCCAAAUUUAAAUUCUCCUUUGUCCUGGUUCACCUGGCAUCCUAUUUCUUUUUCAUCAUCAGAAAGUGUCCAAGACGUGGGUGAUACCCAUAAAGCAAGUUUUCAUAUGAAGUGUCUAGGCGGAUUCACAAAACAACUAUAUGCUGGAGCACAAGAAGGCAACGAGUACGGUAAAUCAAAAUUGAAGUUAAGAGUAGAUGGUCCCUAUGGAAAAGUGUCAAUUGAUUUUAUACGGUAUAGAACCGUCAUAUUGAUUGGUUCUGGAAUAGGUGUUACUCCAAUGAUGAGCAUACUAAAAGAUUUGGUUGAUAGACAAGUUUCGAGUAUGCCAAUCACAACUCAAGCUAUCUAUUUCUAUUGGAUUAUACCUGAUAUAGAUUGUUAUUCUUGGUUCGGUAGCGAAUUACGAAAUUUAAUUUCAAGAGCCAAAGCAUUGCCCUCAAAUAAAUAUCUUCUUGACCUAAAAAUAUUUUUAACAAGAUCAACUACAACACCUUCCUCGAUCUUCUUUCAAGGUAGACCCAACUUUGAUGUUAUAUUCAGCGACGUCAAAACAUAUCAUGGUUCUGGUGAUAUUGCCGUUGGAGUUUGUGGUCCUGGACCUAUGAGAACACAAGUUAGAAAUGCUGCCGUUGCUCAAAGUGACGAGACUUGUUUAUUCAAAGUUCAUUAUGAAACUUUUGAAUUAUAA